CAGUGGACAGAUCGUUAGUCAUGGGUGAAUAUUUCGGAUUACAAUUUGAUGUGUUUUUAUUUCGAAUUAUUAUUAUGUUUUUUAAUAGUUCUUUUUCAACUUAGUUAUUUAUAACUCUUUCCUUCACUCAUCCUAUGCACCUCCUUAAUUUUUUAAGAAGAGCGAAUCAGGCGAAUCAGACAAGGAUGGAGGUUUCAUCACGUAUCUCGGUAGCGAAUGUUUGGUACGUGCGGGCUUUCAUGGAGGCAGUGGCGGUGGGAGUUUCUAAGGAUAUGGCAGCAUCAGUGGAAGCGUCGACGGUGUUUCCCGGGUUCAAGUUCUCGCCUACGGACGUGGAGCUGAUCUCGUAUUACCUGAAGCGGAAGAUGGACGGCUUGGAGAGGUCCGUAGAGGUUAUACCAGAAACCGAUAUCUACAAUUUCGAGCCUUGGGAUUUGCCCGAUAAGUCGAUUGUUAAAUCUGAUACCGAGUGGUUCUUCUUUUGUUCCCGUGGCAAGAAGUAUCCACAUGGUUCACAAAACAGGAGAACAACCAAGAUGGGAUACUGGAAAGUCACUGGGAAAGAACGUGAUGUCAAGUCUUCUUCUCAAGUGAUUGGGACAAAGAGGACGCUUGUGUUCCAUAUUGGUCGUGCACCAAAAGGCCAAAGAACAGAGUGGCUUAUGCACGAGUACUGCAUGAAAGGAGGAGUAUUUAUGGUACACUAUUCUAAGGACGAUGCUUUGGUUGUUUGCCGGCUUAGGAGGAACAGAGAGUUUCGUACUUAUACAAGUCAAAAGGCACCACUAGAGCCAGAUUUAGCAGCCGAUAUGCACAUGAUCUUGCAAAAUGGUGACGCUAAUUCAGGGAGCCCGUCUGAUUGGGAAAGCAUGGUUGAUUUUUACCUUGCAGGUGAAUCAUGGGACAACCAUGUCACUGAAACACCAGAAAAUCUACAGGUGGAAGCUGAAGAGGAUUUCUAUGGGGAUAUCCUUAGGGACGAUAUCAUCAAUCUUGAUGAAGUGGUGAUGAUGCGGAAGGCACCAAACGAAGUGCCAACACUUGAAUCAGCAUCAAUGGCGAUAAGAAUACUUCCUUUACCAAACAUGAUAGACAGACAGAUGGCUUCAUUUUUAGAGCAAAGACUAUCACAAGAGAAUAAAAGAAAAGGGAGCAGCGGCACUGAACCACUGUCGAGUUGUUUUAUUGGUUUAUACUCGAUCAAAACAGUGAACCGAGCAAGAUGGGACGUUAUUAUAGGAGUAGUUGUUCUCACUGUAAUGCUGUUUUUUUCUACAGUAACGCAAUGAAAGUAGUUUUAAGAAGCAAUCGUGCUUUCUUGAACCAAACCGAUGUUGUUAACUGAACUCAAUAUUGGUCACGCUUUAAAAAAGUUGUUUUCAUAAAUGGACGGGGGUAUAAUUUAGUCAAAUCACACCUCACUCCGUAACAUAUUG